AGGCCGGAAGUGGAUAUGUUCACUGACUAGCUGCUGCUGCAGGGAAAUGGAGAAGAAUAAGGAGCAGGUCCAAACUCUCAGCAGUAAAACGCUGCUUAUCCGCCACUUACCAGCUGAACUCAGCCAGGAUGAGAAAGAAGACCUCUUAAAGUAUUUUGGAGCUGAGUCCAUCAGGGUAUUCUCCAACACGGGUCGUAUGAAACAUGCAGCCUUUGCAACUUUUAGAAGUGAGAAGUCAGCAGCAAACGCUCUUAGCAGGCUGCAUCAGUUAAAGAUUCUUGAUCAUACACUUGUUGUGGAGUUUGCAAAAGGCAAAGAUGAUGUGACAGUAUUAAACGACCCACCAGUGUCGGACAGUGGUAAACAUAACAGGAAAGACCAGAAGAAACAGGAAAUCAAGCAACCAAAAAUCCCCCUCAUAGAGACGGGCGUUGCACCGAGCCUUGGGUUGAAUUUUCAAUCGAAUCCCACGUUGAAAUAUUUAUACCCUCCACCUUCUAAUGGCAUCCUGACAAAUAUAACGCACGCCCUCCUGAGUGUGCCAAAGUUUUAUGUUCAAGUUCUACAUCUGAUGAACAAGAUGAAUUUACCUUGUCCGUUUGGCCCAGUCACAGCCAGACCCCCCAUGUUUGAGCUCCUGCUCCCUGCGCCUCCCAUCCCCAUGCCUCCUCCCUUCCCCCCCGACUACCCUCCUCUACCAGAGGAGGAGAUGGAGCUGUCCAGUGGAGAAGAAUCAGAAUAUGAGAGUGGAGACGACGAAGACAAGGAGAGGAUUGUUCGUCUGAUGGGCCUGGUCAACCAAGCAUGCAAGAGACCCUUGAGACCAAAAACAGCUUCAAAGAGAAAGAAGCCCAAGAUCAAGGAUCUACUCUACGCUCCCAAACCAGACUCUCAGAGUGCUCCAGCGCUGCAGCCCGCCGACGUCUUCGAGCAGCCCCACCCCGCCGGACACAGGAAAAUUGAAUUCCACAUUUCGGUUCCAGAGGUGGCAGCCACGGUGGAAGGAGGAAGUGGGCCGCGUCAGCCGGAUGAUGGAGGCAGCGACGUGGAUGAGAGGGAGCUGGACCCCAGCAGCAGCAGCCAGGAGGCAGCAGAGGCUGAAGGCUUCGGGAAGCUCUACCCCAGCACCCAGACGUCCCAACAACACGACGAGCACAGCGGGGACGAGGAGGACCUCCCGUCAGACGUCAUCUCCAGAAAGGAGCUGGAAAAAGGACGGCUGUCAAGAGAUGAGAUAAAAAGGAUGUCUGUGUUUAAAAAUUAUGAACCGGGUGAGCCAACCUGCAGACUGUACGUGAAGAAUAUUGCAAAGCAAGUGGAAGAGAAAGACCUGAAGUACAUCUAUGGGAGAUAUGUGGACCCUUCGUCAGAAGCUGAGAGAAACAUGUUUGACAUUGUGUUAAUGAAGGAGGGGCGGAUGAAAGGCCAGGCUUUCGUGGGACUCCCCAGUGAGCAGAGUGCAGAGCGAGCCCUGCGGGACACCAACGGCUACGUUCUCUACGACAAACCCCUCGUCGUUCAAUUUGCCAGAUCAGCCAGACCGAAAGAAGACAACACAGCGACCAAGAGAGGCCCGAAACAAAGGUGAAGUCAACAGAUGCCAAGGCUUGAUUUUGUGGCCCAGCAGAACCAUUUGUAUCCUUAUUCUGGCAUAUCCUUUGGAAAAAGUAGAAAGGAAGGAAAAUGAGGGCAGUAUUUGUAGUUGUUGUGGCACAAUUGGAACUUGAAACAAGUCGACCUGCAUUGUAGUCUAAAUUUAAAAGGACUGAGUACCCUGCUUUGUUUCUGCAGCUUAUUGUCUCUUACACUAUGUUCUCUGAAAUACUUUGUUUAGAUAGAUAGACUCUGUAAACUUGUGCUAUUUUGGAGUCUCAAACCUCUCUUUACACUUCUCUCUGCCUUGUUUGACUGAAUUUCAGGUGAUGGUCCUCAGAUGUCGUCUUCUUCUUUUAUUACUAAAUAAAAACUAUUUUAUUAAGAUAA